AGAUUUUGUUGCCCCCCCCCCUACCUCCUUCUCUCUCUAUCUCUAACCUCUUCCCUUCGCUUUCUUCCAAAUUUUCCUAUUUUUUUCUCUUUUCUUUUCUUACAUUUUACUUGUUCCUCCCCAUCUCAUGUAUCCACUCACUCCCUACUAAUAUAAAUUCUCCCUUUUCUUUAUUAUAUUCAAAAAUCCCAUAAAGAUUUCUUUUCUUUAUUCUAUUACUUGUUUUCAUUUUUACUUCUUCUUUUAUUCAACCCAUUGCUUACUCUCUAAAUUAGUUCCUCCCAUUCAAAAAUACCAAGAUUUACAACAACAACAAAAACCCUUCAUUUUUCAUUUUUCAUUUUUCAUUUCUCAUAUUUGGAUCUUGAAAUGUCUAUAGCAGAGUCAAAGUUUCAUGUUUUAGCUGUUGAUGACAGCUUAAUUGACAGAAAACUCAUUGAAAGGCUCCUCAAAAUAUCCUCAUAUCAAGUUACUACAGUGGAUUCAGGUAGUAAGGCACUAAAAUUUCUGGGUAUACAUGAAGAUGAGCAAAGCAAUCAUGAGGAAGUGGAAGUGAAUCUUAUUAUUACAGAUUACUGUAUGCCUGGCAUGACAGGCUAUGAUUUGCUUAAGAAAUUAAAGGAAUCAUCAUCUCUGAAAAACAUACCAGUAGUGAUAAUGUCAUCUGAAAAUGUACCUUCAAGGAUCAACAGAUGUUUAGAGGAAGGAGCAGAAGAAUUUUUCUUGAAACCAGUUCAAUUAUCAGAUUUAAACAAGCUUAAACCUCACAUUGUCAAAACUAAAUCCAAAAAUCAAGAAACAUUAGAAAUAUCAGAGAUUCAACCACCACCGCCGCCGCCGCCGCCAUCACAGCUCCACCACCAACCACUGAGCAAUAACAAGAGGAAAUCAAUGGAAGAAGGGCUUUCACCAGACAGAACAAGGCCCAGAUAUAAUGACAUUACCACUCUUGUUUUAUGAUGUACUUUGAUUUUUAACAAUGUAAUAAUCUUCAUGCACUUGUAGAAUUUAUUAAUACAGGCUCUUUAAUUAGAACUAGAAGUGUAGAGAUAUAUAGAGUUGUUUCAUGUACACACUUUAAAUGUUCAUCUUCCAUUCCAAUUUUGUUUUGGCACAAUCAUAAUUAUUCUUUUUCAUUUUCAUUUUA